AGCUAGUCAGUUGGUUGGUAUUAGCCACGUUCGAUGGAUCGCCCAUUUUUCCCAGUCAGAGCCCCUCAACAAAACCAAACUGUAACACCUGCGCUGUUUUACCUGUUUCAAAACAAAACAAUCCAGUGCGUGUUUGUGCGUGUCAGCUACUUGUGUUUAUCAUUUCGUUGUUGUUUUUUACUUCGAUUGGGUGACAUGUUGAAAUAACGCGUGUCGUCGGAUAAAGUGCAGCAAAAAGAAACUGAUGCGAAUUUGAUGAAAUAAAGAUUAUUUAAAAAUGCUGUAAGACUUGAAAUAAUAAAAACAAACAAAAUCAAUAAAGAAUGACGUCACCGAUAGCGCGACAACACGAUCUGGCGUUAUCGAUGAUUCCAAAUGGGCCGUCCUGUCCAACUAAUCAGCCGAAAAGAAAGAGCAACAUGCUGGCGUUUUCCAAUACGUUACAUCACCAGUCGGAUUCCCCUCUGCAAUCGGCCGGCUCGCACAAUCACCAUCAUUAUCGCCAGAAUCAGCGGACCGCCAGCAGCGGAUUCCUGGCCAUUAGAAAUGGAGGCAGUAAACUGAAACUGCUGCGUCGGGCACAAUCAUCAUCGCCGUCGUCCACCAACGCUAAUGUGCCUACAGUUCAAACGCAUUUGAUGAGCAACGGUAGUAACGGCGUGCUGGAAGAUCACGUGACGACGACAAUGGAAUCCUCCUCUUCGACGAUGACGGCAACGUCGGCCGGCCCGGCCAAAGGCAACCAACCAGGCGGCGCUCCGUCGUCAGGUCGCAGUGGCGGCGUGGGCUCGGCAUCCGGUUCGCGAUCCGUCUCGCUGGCCAGCGUCAGCUCGGACGGCAGCAGCUCCGAGAGUCACCUGGUGGAGCAGGAAGACAUCGUGGCUCUGACGCAAGAAGUGCGCGCCUUCAAAGAAGCCCUCGGCAAACUGCGAAGGCUCUUCCAUCCCAAUGACAAAGACAAGUGCGACGCUCUACGGGUGGCCGCUCACGAACGACUCGGUGAGGUGUUGCGCAUCCUGCGGAUCAUCCUCGAGCGCUAUCCGGCCUUGCAGUCGACUGAACUGUUGGUCGCAGCCGGUUCUUUAAUCCAUCAAGUCAAAGAACAUCAGUACGAGGAUGAGAAAUGUGACGUCAGAGAAUUCAUGGAAUCGAUCGACCAGCUGGCACUGGCUUUUAGCAGCAGAGUUUCGGAAUACCUAAUGGGCGAUUUGGACAGCAACAUCUCGCUGGCCAGCUCCGUUUCGAGCAAAACCAAAUCGUGCGAAAAUAUUCCGUCCGAUGCGGAGAAUGGCGUCGCCCUAAUGGGCCCCGAGCCGGGCACAACGGCCACCAGUAAAUCAGAAUCGGUGACGUCCGUCGUGUCCGGCGCUUCCUCCUCCUCCACGGCCACCGACCAUCUGCAACAGCAGCCACAACAUCUGACCGGCGUCCAAAUGGACGCCGUGUUGCUUCAACUGGAACAAGGCGUCGAGGUGGCCCUACACCGGGCCAAACUCUGGUCCAAAUAUGCCAAAGACAUAAUGACCUACGUGGAGAAACGCUGUAACCUGGAAAUCGAAUUUGCUAAGAACGUUGCCAAAUUGGCACAGACCAUGCGAUCCGCUCUCAAAGAAGAGUGUUAUUUGCCGUUCCAAUCGAUCUACAUCACGGCCAUGGACCGAGAGAUUGACAAUAGCAAUUCGGCACAGACGACCACUUCUCUCCUGACCGGCCACAAAUUCCUCGAGCCGUUGUCGGCCAGACGGAACGAGCACGAACGCUGCCGAAAACAGAUCAAAGAGACGUGGCAUCGCGAGCUGAAACGCAUGCAAGAAUCGGUGGGCAACUUGCGCAAGGCGAAAGCGCUCUACGUUCAACGGCAACAAGAGUGGGAGCGGGCGAAAGAGGCUGCACAAAGGGCCGAAUCCGCCGCCGAGUCUUCGACCGAACAAGCCUCGAAACUGGACAAGAGGAAAAAGACGGAAGAGGAUGCUCUUCAAAAGGCUAUGGAAGCUGAAACGACUUACAAGGCCAGUGUCUGCGAGGCGAACGAGAGACAUGGCCAGUUAUUGCGCGUUAAAAGUCAAGUACUGCAGCAGGUUCGCGAAUUGAUGCUGCAGUGUGAUCAGACAAUGAAGGCUGUAACAGUUUCGUAUUUCCAACUCCAACACACUGUUUCCGCUCCAGCACCUGUUCAGUUUCAGACUUUGUGCGAAAGUAGCAGAUUGUACGAGCCUGGCUCACAGUACAUGGAAUUCAUCAGGAGGAUGCCAUUACCCAGCAAACCCAGUCGUGACAGCACCCCGACAGCCACAGCAGGAAGCCCAAGUGGCACAUCCCCGGGCCCUUACACUUUUGAACCUUACUCUGAAGAGUCCACUGUGUCUGAAAAGGAGAGAAAGUCGAACGGCUCUCUCAGUGCAGACCUCAACGAAAGUGCCGGAAAGGAAAGAGUCCAAAGUGGAGGUCCAAUGAAAGCGUGGAGUGCGUCGGCCGUCUCGGCCGGCCAAUCUACGGGAAAUGUCGUUACUCAGGUCAGCAGUGACACGGAGAGCGUCGAAUCGAAUCCCAGUGCAAAGAGUCGAGAAACUUCUCCGACCGCCAGUCCCAUGAUGCCCGCCAGACGGCUCGUUCCGGCCUCAUCCGGUGACGAACUUGAAAACGAACCCGACCCAGAAGUCGAUGCCAACUAUCUGGGUUACAGUGCAAAUCGCCGUCAUUGCAUGUCCAAAGCGGCCGUUACGCAUACCUUUCGCAAAUUAAAAACACCGUCCCGUUGCCGCGAAUGCGAUUCUUACGUUUACUUCCAAGGAGCAGAAUGCAUUGAGUGCGGACUGGGUUGCCACAAAAAAUGUCUAGAAAGUCUGACAAUCCAAUGUGGCCACAAACGGCUGCCGCGCAAAAUGACCACAUUUGGCGUUGACCUGAGCCAGCAUCUGGCAGAGACGGGCUCGCAAGUUCCACACCUGCUCGCUAAAUGCAUCAACGAAAUAGACACCCGAGGCAUUCAGAUCAAAGGAUUGUAUCGAGUGUCUGGCGUGAAAUCCAAGGUUGAGAAACUGUGCCAAUCGUUUGAGAACGGCGCAGAUCUCGUCGAUCUGACGGACAUUCACCCCAAUGUGGUGGCCAACGUGUUGAAACUUUACUUGCGUCAAUUACCCGAAGCCCUGCUGACGUCACGGCUCUAUCCGGAUUUCAUCCGUAUCGCCAGAGAGUGGACAUCCCCUUCUGCCGAUAGCUCGGCGCCCGGCUUGGAGGAACUCAAGGAAUUGGUGCAUAAACUUCCCCGGCAUCAUUACGCCACGUUGGCCUUUUUGAUGCAUCACUUGAAAAGAGUGGCGGCCGAGCAGGAAUCGAAUAAUAUGCCCGCCUCCAACCUUGGCAUUGUGUUUGGACCGACAUUGCUGCGGACGUCUGAAGGUUCGGCAACGCUGUCCUCGCUCGUCGACACGGUGCAUCAAACCAAAGUGAUUGAACUGCUCAUCGAACACGCCGACACGAUUUUCGGGCCGCCUGAUCCGACCACGUCUCUGAUGACGACGGCCAUCGCCUCUGCCUUGCCCGGCAGUAGUCCAGCUCACCGAUCAUCCGCUCAAUCGCCCAAAGUGGAAUUGGAAACUAUGACUUCUUCCUCUUCCUCCUCGUCCACAUCGACGUCGUUGUUGUCUAAAGUGCCCGUCGUCCGCUCCAUCUCGUUCCUGGAGAAGCAUCGCUCAAAAUCACGUGACGCCGCUGAUCGAGAUCACGCGGCCAACAACGCGGCCACCAUCAUAUCGACGCCGGCCGACCGUCGCAGUCAGCAGCACUUGGCUGGCGAACUGCGCGAGGAAGUCCUUUUGCCCGGUUUCGUGGCAGACAAGACGCCCAAUCAUUCAGUCGACAUCGACCCCCUGUCGGAGGAAGGCUUACUCGGAGCGACUUCAGACGACGAUUUACCCGAUUUCCUGCUGCCGGACGAUUCGAGCAAAACACGCAAACUGCCCGGUUACCUAAGAAGCGGCUCUGCUCCCAAAAUCUUUAAGAGUUCGCUCAAAGACUAUCACGGCCUGGAAGGAGUGGAUUUGAAUCUGCUGAGUAGCCAAGAUCAAGAGGUGCAUCCUGUCACGCCCACUGGCCGAGGCAAGAAAUCCAUCACCGAUUCAAUCGCUAUGGCCACUGGCCAACUAUCCGAGGCCGAUGCAAUGAGCAGUCAUUCGUCUGCAGUUCGGGCCUCAUCACUGGUCAAAACAAGUUGCGUUAAUCCGUUCAUGGACAGUUCGAUCGAUUCGGAUCACAGCUGGGAGUCCCAUUCGACUGGAUCGAGUGGGCGUGGUACUCAGCAUAGCGACCAAGGGUCUUUGGGCUCGGCCCAGCGAGCUGUACUCUUGCCCGGCAGCCAAGACGAAACGGACGGCCGGUUGGACAUGUCGUUCACGUCGGUAUCGAGUCAUCGCGUAUCGCAAUGCGACGAGAAUAGAGUCAAAAUUCAAGUCCCAUCGGCCGCAUCGUGUCCCAAUUGGAAUCAGGCCACCAAUAGUUGCGGGCCGGCUUCUAUCGCAUCCGUCGAGUCAUCGUCUUCUUCCUCGUCGUCCUCUUCCUCCUCGAGAGGUGUCGUUACGGUGCUGGAAGGACCUCAAAGUGGCACUACCCUGGUAGAAUCGCUGUCCGGCGAACCAAAUGUCAAGAGUGUGCUGAUGAUGGGUGGAGGACGCACUUCUAGUACUUCUUCUGCUACUAAUAUGGCUGGUGCUGCUGCUCUGGUGGUCUCCGAUCUGGCUGCCGUUCCUUUCGGAUUGACUCACGAAUUUGCUCACGUCUUCGGUCACAGGUCAUCAGCGGUCGUCAGGAGCGUCUCAUCAACCACCACCACCACCUACAGUUCUACAGCGUCGACAUCGACGACGAUAUCCUCGCAGACGAUUCUGGAAAGCUCUAGCAGCAAUAGUAGCAGCAGUAGCAGUAGCGGCACGAGUCCAAGUAGCGUCAAGAAAGCCGGUGCCGACCGUGUUCCACGAUUCGUCUGAAAGCUAAAAAAAACGUAAAUUUCAAAAUAAUAUUAAAAAAAAAAAAAAAAAAAGAAUCGCUUUUAAUGUUAUUGUUGUUGGAAUUCUUUUCUUCGUUGUUAUAGCUAUGGAAAAAAGAGAAAAGAACAUAGACCUGUACUUACUGCUACCCAGUACCCCCCAUUGCUACGAGAGAAAGAGAAAAAAAAAACGUUAACAAUCAGUGUUCCUUUUAUUUAAAAAUGAUAUUUUUGUUGUUGUGUUUUUUUGUGUUGUAAUCUCCGUCAUCCCUUUCUUGUUAAACGAACUGUUUAUUCGUCAAAAGAUGUGAAACACUUGCAGACACUCUUUUUACGCUGUCAUCUCUUCGUUGCAAUUCUUAUUAUUUUAUUAUUAUUUUUUUUUUACUAUUCAAGCAAUUGAAUUCGCAGUAGAAAAAAAAAAUCACAUUCCAAAAACACCAAAAUUGUUUUGUUUUUUCUGUUUCUUUUUUUUUUCUUCUCUUUUUUUUAAAUGCGUGUUUAUCGAUGAUGUGCGCAAUCAACGACCUGUCAUUUGCUGUUGUUCUUUGAUUGAAAUUGUCCAACAAGUCUAUAAUCGUUUGUAUUUUGAAUGUCGAUAUAAAAAAAAAGUCACAUUUUUUACAUCGACAAAAAUAACAAAAAUUGAAGGGAAUUUGUCAUUAGCAGUAAAGAUAUUUUCUGCGUUAUCAUUAUUCGUGUUCUUGUUUAGGAGCUGGCCAGUGUAUAUUCUUUCACACAUUCAUUACAGUAUAUAUAUAUAUAUAUACAAACAAACCUAUAUAUAUAUAAUAUUUCGCUACUGCCAUUGCGAUUCGAAAUGUUACACCCAUGAGAUGUGAUGUGUCUCGUCAAUGUUGUUCAUUGGGAUUUAUGUUUAUCAUGAUUAUAAUAUUAUUAUUAACACAGUCUAUGGUCGACCCAUCCGUUUUAAGCCCCGCGCACAACCAAACCCAAAAGAUCCCGCAUCUGCCCUUACCAGACACACCGUCACCCCCCUCUCACCAAACCGUACCCAUACGUACGUCGUGAUUGAUACCCUUUCAUCUGUAUAGUUGGACAGAGGGCGUUCAUUCUCUGUAAAUCUAUUGAAAAUACAAUCUUGAUCAUUUA